CCCCCCCCCGCCCCAGCACGGGGCGUGGCCCCGCACCCUCAGCUCCACAGCCGGGCGCUCUAGAGACCCGUCCCCAUAAGGCCCUCCGCGGAAAGGCUUUGGUCUGCGCCCCCGCAGGAAGGUGCGGCCCUGUGUCCUCUGAGAAGAUGUCUUAUGGAUCCAUCGCAGGCAGUGGCGGCCUGGGGAGCCGCGGCCCUUUCGGGGGGCCCUCCCGACAAGGCUACCAGCCCCUAGAGUGCGCAAAGUGUUGGACCGAGUACGGAAUCCGCCAUUUCCCCUGCCCAUCGCCAGAGAGCAGCCUGCAGGACCCCUGUGUGGGUGAGGACGGGGAUGGUGACCUGGGGCCUGCUGGCACUCCCAGAGGCCCAAGGGCCAGGAAGCGAGGGCCAGGGGUCGCGCCCGACAGCAGUGGGACGCCAGAGCCCACCUCGCUGCCCGCUGGCCCACGGAAGGAGCCGGCUGCGAGGGCCCGUGGCCACAUGGCCAGCACCACCCGGGCCAAGAAGAGGAAGCCCAACUUCUGCCCGCAGGAGACUGAGGUGCUGGUGGCCAAAGUCAGCAAGCACCACCAGCUGCUGUUCGGCACCGGGCUGCCGCGGGCUGAGCCCGCCUGCAGGUACCGCGUGUGGAGCCGCAUCCUGCAGGCGGUGAACGCGCUGGGCUACUGCCGCCGUGACCUCGUGGACCUCAAGCACAAGUGGCGGGACCUGCGGGCCGUGGUGCGGCGCAAGCUGGGCGAGCUGCCGGGGGCGGCCGCCUGGCCCCGUGCCACCCCGUGUCAGGCCCUGGCCCUCACGCCGCUGGAGCAGGCCGUGGCCAAGACCUUCUCCUGCCAGGCCCUGCCCUCCGAGGGCCUCGGCCCCGAGCCGUGCAGAGCCACCCAGAUGGACCCAAGUGACCUCCAGGAGCUGUUCCAAGAGGCGUCGGCCAACAUCUUCCAAGUCAACUCCAGCGUGACCUCCUUGGAGCAGAGCCUCCGGUCUUUGGGGACGCCGGGUGACACGCAGGAGCUGCGGGACAGCCUGCACACAGUGCAGCAGGAGACCAACCGCACGAUCGCGGCCAGCGCCAGCGCCUUGAAGCAGACGGCCGAGCUCCUGCGGGGCUGCCCCCAGCAGGAGCGUCUUCAGCUAGACCGCCUGAAAACUCAGCUGUCAGAUGCCGUCCAGCGCUAUGGAGUGGUGCAGAAGAAAAUUGCAGAGAAGUCCAGAGCACUGCUUCCCACAGCGCAGAGGGGUGGCAAGCAGCAGAGCCCCCAGGCCGCCUUUGCUGAGCUGGCUGACGAUGAGAAGAUCUUCAACGGGGGCGAUGGUAUGUGGCCGGGCCACGAGCAGGCGCUGCUUCCUGAGAUCACCGAGGAGGACCUGGAGGCCAUCCGGCUGCGCGAGGAGGCCAUCCUGCAGAUUGAGAGCGACCUGUUAGAUGUGAACCAGAUCAUCAAGGACUUGGCCUCCAUGGUUUCGGAGCAAGGAGAAGCCAUCGGGUCCAGCAGUGGCAAGGCCUCGUGCGGGCGCAGCUCCAGCCCCGAGCCGGCUGUGGCGGCCCUACUGCCCAGGCCGGGCCCCCACUCGCGCACCAAGACACGGAAGCCCAACUUCAGCCCCCAGGAGACAGAGGUGCUGGUGCAGAGGGUGACACGCCACUACCCGCUGCUGUUCGGGGCGCUGCGGGGCCCGCCCGCCCGCAAACACCGGGUGUGGAGCAAGAUCCUGCAGGCGGUGAACGCACUGGGCUACUGCCGCCGGGACCUGGGCGACGUGAAGCACAAGUGGCGGGACCUGCGCGGGGUGGUGCGCAGGAAGCUGGCCGAGCGCCCCCGCGCCCCCGCCAUCCUCACGCCCGUCGAGCGCAUGGUGGCCGAGACCUUCGCGGCCCCGGGCGCCCCCGGGGAGGCCCAUGCCGCCGAGUCCCUCCCAACCGACAAGGAGGACGAGGCCCCUGGCUGCCUGUGGCUGCCCCUGCAGACGCUGGAUGGGCCGAGCCCGCCUGAAGCCGACCCCCUGGACCCCAGAGGAGCCUUCCCUGCGUCCGCCUCCUCCCCGUCCCCGCCCGCCUCCCCGGGCUCAGCGCCCCCGGCGGCUGAGCUCCCUGGGCCCCCCCGGCCCUCGCCGCCCGCCUCGGCGGGACCCCAGCCCUCCGGGAAGGCCACUGGGGCUGAGGCCUCAGAGCUGGAGCGGCAGCUGCUGGACGCGCAGCGGCGGCAGGGCGCCCUGCUCAGCGCCUGGUCCCAGCAGCAGAGCACGCUGAUGGCCCAGCAGAACCUACUGCUGGAGCGGCUGGCCGAGCAGAGCCAGCGGCUGGCCGACGGCAUCGAGGCGCUCACCCAGACCCUGGGGAGGCUGGUGGAGGCCCUCCCGACCCGGGGCACCUCGCCUGCCAGCCCAGGCGGCUCCCCAGGGUGUGGGACCAUCUGCAGACCGGCUGGAGCCUCUCAGGGCAGCCGCACCGGCCCAGAGGCCUUCUCAGGGAUGAUCCUGAAGGUGGAGGAGGAGACCUAGGGUCCGAGCCCCAUGGGGCCUUGACGGAGCUGGAGAGGACACAGGACAUCGCCAGUGUGCCCCUUCCGUCCUGCUGUUGCCCGUGGGCCCAGCAACCCCAGGGAGCGCCGGAGCGAGGUGUGCUCAGGGACAAUGCGGAGGACGGCAGAGCCCCACCUCCCAUCCUGCGUGUGGAGGUCAGGGCGCAUGCACGUGGGCAUAGUGCCCCCAGACCACCACCUGGCACGUAGACCCUGGAAGUAUGCCUCGGCCGGGCACCCAGAAGACACCCAGCGUGUGCCCUGGAGUGACUCCUGGAAGCCCCCCUGCUCUGCAGGUGUACAGACUGGGUGGGGGCUGGGCCCCUGCGUCUGCUUGAUUUUGCCUCAAGGGACCCAUGCCCGAGGGCCUGCGAUCAUUUCUCUGUUUAUGUCUAUGACGUGAGAUAAGUGUGUGCACAAAUAUUCCUUGGUACUGGACGGGGUGGGAUGCCAUUUUAUACCUACUGACUUUUUUUGGAAAAAAUAUUUUUCUUAUAUAAAUAUAAAAUAACAAUAUUAAAAAAAAAAAAAGACAGUGAUGAGGGUGAUGCGGACAGAAAAUGAGAUGGAGCUGGUCUGUCCUGGCUGUCUGUCCCCUGCGCUUUGCCCGCAGGCAGCCCUCAGCCCUCCCUGGGCUUGUGGUCCGCCUUGCCUGUGACCCCAGGGCGGGGCGGCCCCUCAGGGCGGCCCCAGGAGGCAGGCUCACGGCCAGCUUCCCCUUUGCCUCCUUCUCCGGACUUGUGAUAACAGCCUUUUCCGGAAGUAGGAAGCUGAGGUCCUGGCAGGAACUGGGUAGCGUGCUGACUUACGGGCUCCCGGGGCAGCCCGGCUCGGAAGGAGCUGAGCGCAGGGUGGGACCUACACAGAGGGAGGGAUGUUUCCGGGUUUCACUGUUCCCCACAGAGCCAGUGGCGAGUCAGUGACUCUUGUCCACAAAAGCGCCUGAGCCGCCUAGUGGCCCAUCCGGCCCUCUUCAGUGUGACCAGCGUCCUUCCAGCCCCCUCGUCCCUGUGGUCAGAUGUCCCCGGGUGUUCUCCAUGGUGGCUCCUUCUGCCCUGCAAAGCCUGGGUGUAUCUCAGGUCUGCUCUUGGUGGAUAAACUGCAGGUUAGGGGUGGUUCAAACUGUAAAGAGUCUGCCAGCAGUGUGGGAGAACUGGGUUCAAUCCCUGGGUUGGGAAGACUCGUGGAGAAGGAAAUGGCAACCCACUCCAGUGCUCUAGCCUGGAAAAUCCCAUGGAUGGAGGAGACUGGUAGGCUACAGUCCAUGGGGUCACAAAGAGUCGGACAUGACUGAGCGACUUCACUUUUACUAGGAGCCCAUGCAGGAAACAGCUUAAUGUGGGAAAAUUGAUGGUUGUAAAGGCUUUGCUGGUUUGCAGGGAGAAGUGAAAUAGCCAGGCUUGUCCCCUCCCUGCAACCCCCUUACCUCCCCAGUCACCCCAGCACUGAGCCGGAGGCAGCUCAGAGGCCGGCCCUGAGAUCCGGGAUCCCGACAGACGAGUCUCUCUGGGGGAGGGCCCCACAGGCCUUUGGGGGCCCCUCAGAGGGAGGAAGAAGCAUCACGUGAGCCCACGGGCAGUGGUCACGUAGUCUGCAGUGGGCAGGAGGGCCAGCAUCGCAGAGUGACGGGAGCAGAGCUUCAGGCCCGCCUGGUGCAGAGUGCUGGUGCGGAGGUCUGCACCCCGGGACCUGAGCAGGUGACUGUGUUAGAAGUUGAGGCUUUUAGAGGCGAUCGAGGUGAAGUGGGAUCCCUGGGGUGACCUCUACCUCAGCGUAAAGAAGAAAUCAGGGCAGAGACACCCGCGGGGGGACGGCCGCGUGAGGACCCGGGAGGAGGCAGCCAGCCACAUGCCGGGGGGGAGGCCCCAGGGGGGGACAGGCCUGCCAACCCUCGUCUCUGACCUCCCGCCUCCAGGACAUGGGGUGGGCAGGGGUUGCAUUUCUGUUGUUAGAGCUGCCGAGUCUGUGUUAUUUGAUGCGGCAGCUGCAGCUGGCCCAUGCAGACCCCCAAGGUAUCAAGCAGAUACCUAACAUAAGAUAGUUUCUAAGGAAUAUUUUAAAAAUGAGGUGAAGUCACAAAGAUGAGCCGUGGUAACAUGAUCACAAGUGACCCAGCGUGUCUGGAAAGGGCCAGUGACAACUUUUAAGAACAAAGAACUCGGCCGUGGCAUCCUUGGUCACAGAUGACAUGUGAGGCUUAGCCGGAGAAAUGGCAACGCGAUGGGGAACUUCAGAAACUGGGAAGGGUGACAGAGAAAUGAAAGGGUGCAGAGGACCAGAAGUCCAGCCUGGGUCUGGGCAGGGUCCCAGGAGAAGGAAAUCGAAUGAGGAAAGGCGGUGCGUGACCCCCUGACUCCCCCAUUCUGCAGACGGGGAGUGGGGGGCACGCACAACACCGGGUGGCUCCACGUGGUGGGAAACCUCGGCCCCUGAGCGGGAGGCUGGCUCAGGAAGGGGGACAGAGCGACAGCUCCCCCAGCUCGGUCACAGGCUCAGCAGAGGAGGCUGUGGGGAGACCAAGGCCCAGAGAGGGACUGUCAGCUGGAAUCAGGCCCCGGGCAAAACCCUCUCAGGACAAAGAGGACUGAAAGCUUGAGGGUUUGCUACCAAGAGACUCUGACAAGAGCCUCUGAAGGGUGGACUCAGUGAUGGUCCCGGGAGGAAGGUCUGUGCCAUGGGCAGUGAGCCAGGAAGCUGGUCAAUAAAGGACUCAGGUAAUAAAACUGUUUCA